UUAAACAGUGCAGGCGCUAAACGGAUUAUCUAGAAAAAUAAUAAUCGAAGUGCUCAGCAUCAAAAUGAGAGCCACUGUGGAGAUUUGCUUUUACCUAACUGCCAUAAUGUUAUGCUUAUGCACAGCCAACGCUUCGCUUGAAACCGAAAACAAUGAAGUGAAUCACAAGCUCAGCGGCGUCAUACAAUGGAAAUAUGAGAAAAGACCCUUUUGCAACGCUUUUACAGGCUGUGGACGUAAACGCACCUCGUAUCCCUCCUAUCCGCCAUUUUCGCUUAUCAAACGCAACGAGCUCGAGGAGAAGCCCUACAACAAUAAUGAAUAUCUAUCGGAAGGCUUAAGCGAUCUAAUUGACAUCAACGCAGAGCCCGCCGUUGAGAAUGUGCAAAAGCAGAUUAUGUCGCAGGCCAAGAUCUUUGAGGCCAUCAAGGAGGCCAGCAAGGAGAUCUUCAGGCAGAAGAACAAACAGAAAAUGCUCGAGAACGAACAGCAGCUGCAGCAACAGCAACAGCAGUUGGAGCAGCGCGACAACAACUAAUACGACACAGCCAGAUAAAGAUAAUU